AUGUAUUACGACGAAGAGCCCUUCGAUGACUACUACGACGAGCCGUGUUAUGAUGACGAGUACCACGAUGAGCCAGAUUGCAGCGACCCGUACUAUAAUGAGCCAGAUUACAGUGAUCCUUACUAUGACGGGCCAUAUUCUGAUGACGAGCACUACGAUGAGCCAGACUGUGAUGACUCAUACUAUGAAGGGCCAGCUUAUGAUCCAACCAACUACCACCCAUCUUAUGAAGAAGAGUACUAUGAUCGACCGCCCUCUGGAGAUCAGUACUGUCAUGAGCCGUAUCCUGAUGACCGAUACUUCGAUGAGCCAUCUUUCGAGUAUCAGUACUCAGAAGAGCCACCCUUCGAUGAUCGGUCCUUCGAUGAGCCACCCUCGAAUGAUCAAUACUCAGAUCAACCUUCCUUCGAUGACGACGAAUUCGAUGACGACGAUCUUGAUGGCAAAGACUUCGACGGCCCACCUCACAAUAAACAGCGGUACGAAGAACCUCCGUUAAAUAGACCUUGCUCAGGUAGGCCGCCGCCCCACCGCCAAAGCUACGCCCCUGCCUCUUCCACUUACUCAAGGAGUCGCGAGCCGCCUGUGAAUGUUACACGUGUGAAUCAGGUGACUGUCAACAUUCAGCAUUUCCACAACCUGUCAGUUCACGUACACCCCGUCGCAAACACAACCUUCUCUGCCAGAACACCAAAAUCUGAACAUCAGCACCCCAGGAAUCAACAACCCAAGAAUCAGCGCCCCAAGAACCACCCCAAGGGCCAAUUCUCUCGUGAGCAGUACCGCAAGAAGCAACCACCCACCAGGAAGCCCGCCCAAAGACUGCUCUGCUACAAAGAUUCUGUUGAGAAAGAGUCCUCUGAUAAGAUGUCCUCUGACAAUAUGUCUUCUGAGAAAAUGCGCUCGGACGAAUCAAUCUCCGAUAACAUGCCCUCCCACAAAAUUUCUAAUGAAGCAGCUUUGGACGAAACGGCCGCCGAAGAACAAGCCUCAAGCCCCUCCUCUGCUUCUACCAAUCCUUCUUCCUCCGAUCCAUCUCCAAUACCUCCCCAGUCCAGUCGAGACCCCAUCUCCCAGUUCCGCACUGAUAUUCUCGACUGGUCUCUUCGUAACAAAAUCUUAUCGGAAACUUUUGCCCAGUUGUGCGAUAUCCUUCGUGUCAUUGACAGUCCUGAAACCAAAUUACUGCCGAACAGAGAGGAUAUCUUCAAGAAGAAGGGGAAUAAAAGACUGAAAUCAGACAUUCAGAGUAGCCAAUCCUCUGUUGAGUUGAAAUGA